AUUACUAGCCCACGUUUUCCACUGAAAUAAAGCGGUGUUAUUCUUGUUUCAAGAAAUAUUUGUAAUAUAUAUAUGACAAAAACUUGGUAAUUUUAUUAAAAAAAGUAGCAAACGAAGAUGACUACAAGAAGUGGCAAGUGUUUUGUGCCAAUGUGCCGUACAGGUUACAAAGGUGAAACAGGUAAAUUUUCGUUAUUUCGUGCUCCACAUGAUGAAAAUCUGUUCCAAAUCUGGGAAAGAAAAAUACCCAAAGGAGAUAGAAAUCUCACAUCCCGUGAUGUUGUGUGUGAAAGACAUUUUACUUCGUCAGAGAUAAUUAAGGAAUGGAAUUCUGGUUCGAUUUCAAUUCCGUAUAAGCGCCCAAAAUUAAAACAUGGGGCAAUACCAACAAUAUUUCCCAAGUGUCCUGGUUAUUUAACAACAACAACAGUAUCGAAAAGGAGGAUAAUAGAAAGACUUGAAAUUCCAUUGAAAAGGGCAAAAAUUGAGCAACUUGAAAAUUUGGAACCUGUAGAUAAAACAGUUGAAGAUCUAGAUGUCAUUAAAAACCCUUUUAAGGAUUUAUUGGAAGGAAAUAUACCAUUUCAGUUGCCACCUUUUUGUGAGGUUACCACAUACAGUGAGGGUGACACUAAAAAUGUAAUGUUUUCAAAAACACGUAUCAAAAACCAGAAGCCAAAUGUGCACCACGUUUUAGUGAAUGAAAAUUUUCAGUUACAUUUUUUUGUAAAUUGCGUAGAAGUGAAUAUUGAAAGUAACUUUGAACAUAUUGGAAGCAAUGUGAUUUUAUUUGAAGAAACCUUGAAGAAAUUUAUGUCAUCAGAUAUUUGCAUUGGCGGUCCAAAAGAAAAUUCGUAUAAUGUUAAAAACAGCAGAAUUGCCAAAUUUGAUAGUACAACAAGUCGAUGGAGACAUAAUAAUUGCAUAUAUCUGUUAAAAGAAAAACAAGAAUGCUGUAUAAAAUGCAGAUAUUUGUACAAAGUGUCUCGUUCAUUGAAAAGUCAGGUUACAAAAAAGACUGCAGACAAGAAAUCUUUGCAAAGGACAAUUCGACGUUUGCGUCUCAAAAUGGAACACAUUUUACGAGCCAAAGCAAAUUAAUUACGUUACCGGACUUGAAAUCUAUUUGGGGACCGAAAAUAGAAGGUUUCCGUCAAGACCACGUAAGACGGCUUCAAGAAAAAUUAGACAUUCUACAUUCUUAUGUGUGUUGCUGAUGAGUGGGGAUCAGAUGAUUUUACUCCAAAUGAACAUGACUAUUUAGCACCUGAAGUUAAGGAUGGGUUUCUCGAAAAUUGUUGAAGUUAAAAUCAGUGAAGGAUUGCGGGCAAUGUACUACAGCUUUUCAAUAAGAAGAAAAUUUCACUGCUUUGGCAACAUGACAAACGUUAAAUCGUAUGGAUUUUUAAAACCUCCUAGCAAAGCAUUGUAUACAAUUUUAAUCCACAUUGAAAAUCAUUUUUCCACCCAUGUCAAGUGUAUAUUUUUUAAUUUUUGUUUAAGUGACAUAAAAUUGUGACCUUUUCCAUCUGCAGUGAUGUUGAGAAACGUCUUAUUUUUUUUUGUAUUUGAAACGCAGUAACUUUUAAUUAACAAAGUAGUUCUAAAAAGAAUUCACAUUGCUAACA